AUCUUGAAACCUUACUUUUCCUUUAUCAUAGGUCCGGUUGUUUACGUUUUGGAUCUUGCAGAUCGACUGAUCUCAAAGGCAUGUCCAUUUGCUGCAGCUGGAAUAAUGGUGGGCUCUAUAUACUGGACAGCUGUUACAUAUGGAGCUGUGACGGUGAUGCAGGUUGUGGGGCACAAAGAAGGUCUUGACGUCAUGGAGAGAGCUGAUCCUUUAUUUCUUUUGAUUGGACUUCCCACUAUCCCAGUCAUGCUAAUAUUGGGCAAGAUGAUUCGUUGGGAGGACUAUGUGCUCAGACUGUGGCGCAAAUACUCUAAUAAGCUACAAAUUUUGAACAGCAUAUUUCCAGGCAUUGGAUGUCCUGUUCCUCGUAUUCCAGCAGAGGCCAACCCUUUGGCAGAUCAUGUCUCUGCUACACGUAUUCUGUGUGGAGCUCUAGUUUUCCCUACUAUUGCCACGAUAGUUGGCAAGCUGAUGUUCAGCAGUGUUAACUCAAAUUUACAAAGGACGAUCUUGGGUGGAAUUGCUUUUGUUGCUAUAAAAGGAGCUUUUAAGGUUUACUUCAAACAACAGCAAUAUUUACGCCAAGCUCACCGCAAAAUUUUAAAUUAUCCUGAGCAAGAAGGAGCAUAAGGCUGUGAUCUCCAGAUGUCAUACAGUCUCACCUAACAGGUUUCCAUGUUGUAUUGGUUCCAUUGUUCUUGCACAGUAGUGGAGAAUUUUAAUAAGUUGCUGCUUCUUUUUUUUCUUUACAUAUAAUACAGCACUGUCUUGUGGCAGGGUAAAGCCUUUCAGCAACCACUGAACCUAAGAAUAUACUUGGCUUUCAUUAUUUUUGAGUAUUUCUGUUGGGCAACAGGCUUCUGAAUUAUUUUCUUUGAGCCAAUAUGCUGAAUGG